GUCACACGUCAUACGUCACGGUGCACGCGGAGAGCUGUCAUGGCCGCCUCCAUAGAAAACAUGUCAGAGCAGCAAAAAUCACAGAGUGGACUUAAUUCACAUUAUAUUACUGUAUAUUUUUCAAUUUGCAGUUUACAGAUGUACAGAUAUGCGCAUGCGUGAAUCAUAUUAUGUGACAAGAAGUAUCUGAAACAACUUAUAGAGGAUUUUCCAAUUAUUGAGCGAUGACUGUCAUAAUGGCUUUAGUCAACAUUCGCUCCUGUGGCCGUCAUGGUUUUCACCUGGGUCUCCGUGCGUAUGCCACACGACCCCUUGGCACCCCAAGAAAGCGGGAGCAGCAAGAUGACACACCCGUGUUCCAGUAUGUGGGUCAACACAGGAAGCCCCAAGAGAAGGUGUUUGUGUGGGGCUUCAGCUACACUGGAGCUUUAGGGAUCCCAAGCUUUGUAGUGCCGGACAGUGGCAGGAAAAAGCCCAGGAAGUACCAGCUCACACCUUACCGUCUGGAUACUGAACAGAAGAUUUCCUCAGCAGCCUGUGGAUAUGGCUUCACCUUACUGGCCUGUAAUACAAAAGAUCUGACCAAACUGUGGGGCAUGGGCCUUAACAAAGAUUCCCAGCUGGGCUUUCAGCGUACUCAACACGACCGAAAUAAAAGUUAUGAGUAUGUCCUGGAGCCGUCACCAGUGUCUCUCCCGCUGCUGAACCCUCAGGAGACACGAGUGCUGCAGGUGUCAUGUGGACGCGCUCAUUCUCUGGUGCUCACAGACUCUGAGGGAGUUUUCAGCAUGGGUAAUAAUGCUUAUGGGCAGUGUGGGAGGAAGAUUGUGGAGGAUGAAGUGUACAGUGGCAGUCAUCUUGUUCACAAGAUUGAGGGUUUUGACAGUCGAGUCACCCAGGUGGCUUGUGGGCAGGAUCACAGUCUGUUUCUAACAGAAACAAAAACAGUGUAUGCCUGUGGGUGGGGGGCAGAUGGACAAACAGGUCUGGGCCAUCACAACAAGGCCUCCUGUCCAGUGCCUGUCGGAGGAGAUCUGGCUGGGGUCAAGGUUCAGCAGGUGGCCACAUAUGGAGACUGUAGUUUGGCCGUGUCCACAGAUGGGCAGGUUUUCGGUUGGGGAAACUCUGAGUACCUGCAGCUGGCCUCUGUCACCGAGGCCACACAGAUUAGCUCACCACGGCUGCUGCCCCUGAGGGGUGUGGGUCGAAUCAGACAGGCGGCAUGCGGAGGAACACAGGUGGCUGUACUGAACGAGGAUGGAGAGGUGUUUGUUUGGGGUUUUGGAAUUCUGGGAAAAGGCCCAAAACUUUCAGAGUCGUCUGUCCCAGAAAGAGUGCCAGCCACAUUUUUUGGGAGGUCAGAGUUCAACCCCAGCGUGAAGGUCUCGUCCAUCCGCUGUGGACUCAAUCACUUUGCAGCUGUCACAGAUCGAGGCGAACUGUUUGUUUGGGGUAAAAAUGUGAGAGGAUGUCUCGGCAUCGGGAAACAUGAUGACCAGUAUUUUCCAUGGAGGGUGACAGUGCCAGGCCACGUUAAGGAUGUUGCCUGUGGUGUUGACCACAUGGUGGCGCUGGUCAAAUCCAUCAUAUGAGAUUGUCUUUGUAGAUCUGGGCAAUCUUCUCUUGAACAUCUUCAGCAACCACCAUCAGCGCGCAAGGGUUCAAUAUUUCUCCAUGGACUUGUUAAGGGCACUCGCUGAGACUUCAUGUCACACUGCCUCAAGCAAGUCAAGGGUGUGUUUAAGAAACACGACACCUCCCCUGCGGUUUACAGUGUGGACCUCAAAAAUAGACGUGAAUCUGACUCCUAAAUAACUCAAGACUUCUUAAGUCUUAUGUUGGCUUCUUGACAUUUUAGUUGUUUCCUCAAUGUUUUGGUAUUUCGUCAUCACAUGAGGUGGACACUAGUUUGAACAUACAAAGACACAUCAGUGCGGUUUCUGGAUCUUUUCUUGUUAAAAAUAUUGAAUUGUCAGUUGUGAACUGAAAACUAAAAAGGUAUAUUAAAUUAAACUUUUUAAAAAAAA